GACACAGACCGUUCAUAUGUUCUGGAAACAUCAUCAACAGGUUUCUACAGUGCUUAUGAAGCCAAAGAGGUGUUGGGACGUGGAUUGGCGUCAACUGUGCGAAAAUGUGUUGAAAAAGGUACGGGUUUGAUGUUCGCUGUAAAAAUUGUCGAUAUCAGCACUGAAAAACAAACAGAACAUGAGGCUGUACGACUUCUUAACGAGACAAUUAGUGAAGUCAAUCUGCUCAGGCAACUGUCUGGACAUCCGUCAAUCAUAAAUAUUCACGAUUUCUACCAGACACCAACCUUCCUGUUUGCCGUUUUCGAGAUGGCACCGAACGGUGAACUGUUCGAAAUGUUAAACAAAUCGGUGACGGUUAGCGAGAAGAAGGCGCGUCGUCUUAUGCGACAACUCUUCGAUGGCGUCGCAUUUAUGCACGAGAGGAAUAUUGUACAUCGGGACCUGAAGUUGGAGAAUAUAUUGUGUAUAGAUGACGAGCGAGUGGUUAUUAGCGAUUUCGGUUUCGCCACACAACUUCAACCUGGACAAAAACUGAAAGAGCUUUUGGGAACACCUGGUUAUUUGGCACCUGAAACUUUGCGUUGUCAGAUGUACGAAGACGCUGAGGGGUACGGCGUAGAAGUGGAUAAUUGGGCUCUUGGUGUUAUCUUCUAUACUUUAUUAGCUGGCUAUGCACCAUUCUAUCAUCGACGUCAACUGAUUAUGCUGAGGAUGAUCCAAGAAGCAAAAUAUGAAUUUCGUGCAGAGCAAUGGGCACAAAUCACUUCGGAUGCCAAAGAUUUGAUCAAGCAUAUCCUAGUGGUUGAUGUUGAGCAACGUUAUACUGCAGCAAUGUGCCUUCGCCAUCCAUGGAUGUUGACCGCUGCAGGGAUCAGAAUUGUUGCUGCUGGUGAAAAUCAGGAACCUCCGAAACGUAAUUAUCGUUAUCUGUGGAGACAUGCGAUAAUUUUGGUGCGAUUCUUCAUACGUCUCACAAAUAUUAAAUAUCUCAAACUUCUGGUCGAUCGUAAGGAACUGCGACUGAGACCGUUUAGAGAUCGUGAUAUUCGUCAUGAGUCCGAGGCAACAGUGUUCUCAGUGUACGGUCAUUGGGUGAAUCGUGGCUUCUUCUAUUCUCGAGAUAUGCUCUUCGCUAAUAAACCGCGACCGAAAUACCGAGGUAUUGAAGUGGAAGCGUGUGCUUGA